AUGUCGCGCCUUAAUGGACGUCCGCGAUCCCGUCGGAUGGGCUCCAUAACAUCUUCUGCACCGGUCUCUCGCCAAACCUCACGGGGCCCACAGGAUAUACAACGUCGAAUACUGCCGCUUACGCCAACUUCGUCUGUUCACAAAGAUUAUGGACAAUUCGUUCCUUCCCCCGAACAUGUAGCGCCUAAUCCCUCAACUGGUGUUCCUGUCCAAUCCUCGAACACCACAAGUACCACUCACUUCUCAAACGAGAAGCAACACAUCAAAAACUACCUGGACAGUACCAUUCGUCCUGAGAUACACGGACAGAAUCUAACUCUCGAGUCAUACGGGGGUGCAGCAAUUGAUCUGACGAGUGCAUCAUUCCCUUCUCUACCUUUCUUUAAUGACCCCACAAACACUUUACAAUGCGAUAGCUCGGCAUUCACAUUUACGCCCAUGCUCAGUCCAUUGCAAACACGCAGCGAUACCGAUAUUUCGCAAGUCUUCUGCUUCGAUUACUUCGGCGGAAGUAGUGAGUCGACUCGGACGAACUUGACCACCGCAGCGUCUAGUCAAAGUGGCGAUAUGCCGGUAGACUCGACUACUACGCCUGUAGUGUGCUCCUGUUCUACCUUGCUGAUCCACCAGCUCGCUAAGUCGACUUCUCCUAUGGAAAACGUCCAGGGAAAUGUCCAGGGAAAUGGGAGGGUGAGUGAAAGCACCUCCUAUGCAUUUGCAUUACAAAGGUCUACAGUCCUCCUUGAUCACUGUUUCAAUGUCCUAUACUGUACACAAUGUGGACCGAAACCUUCUUCAGCUUUACUGUUAUGCCAAACGAUGGACGAGGUCUCUGUUUUGUUGGGUAUGGGAACAGUUUGGAGUGAAGUCCCCUCUGGACAGCUUUUGUGUAGCACCAAUCUGGCGCAAGAUGAGGUGCUGAUGCGGUGUGGGACCUACAAAGUAAGAAGGGCCGACCAGCGUGCUUUACUGCAAACACUCAUGAUGAAGCGUUUGACAGAGAUGCAGCGUGCGAUGUACAACCUGGAAAAAAUUGUCAAAAUGGAAGACGGAGCAAGCUCGUUAUGCCAGGAGGUGUACGCUGGUAUGGUUACUGAGCUGAAACGCAAGGUAACGUCGAAAAUGGAUCGAUUCAAAAUGUCAAUGCAAUAGUUCUCAGCCAUCGUAUCAUGACC